AUGGCUACGCUCCAGAGCUGUAGUGUGUGCUUGAGAGAGUCUGCUCUCCAGCUUCCGCGUCACCAUUUUACGGAUAACUACAGGAGUAGGACUGCAAAAUGGAAGUGUCCGCGAGCAGCUGUAAUCCCUAAUUUUCAUCUUCCAAUGCGUAGUUUUGAAGUGAAAAACAGGACAUCAGUGGACGAUAUAAAGUCACUUAGAUUGAUAACAGCCAUCAAAACCCCAUAUCUACCAGACGGCAGAUUUGACCUUGAAGCAUAUGAUGCUUUGGUUAAUAUGCAGAUUGAAAAUGGAGCCGAAGGUGUGAUUGUUGGUGGCACAACUGGUGAAGGCCAAUUGAUGAGCUGGGAUGAACACAUAAUGCUCAUUGGCCACACAAUCAACUGUUAUGGAGGAUCAAUUAAGGUAAUAGGGAACACUGGAAGCAAUUCUACUAGAGAAGCAAUUCAUGCUACUGAACAGGGUUUUGCUGUUGGAAUGCAUGCUGCCCUUCACAUCAAUCCUUAUUAUGGAAAAACCUCCUUGGAGGGAUUGGUUUCGCACCUUGAUAGUGUCAUGUCAAUGGGACCCACUAUUGUAUACAAUGUGCCGUCACGAACUGGCCAAGAUAUCCCCCCACGUGUGAUUCACAGGUUGGCUCAGAGCUCUAACUUCGCAGGUAUCAAGGAGUGUGUUGGAAAUGAUCGUGUUGAUCAGUAUACCGACAAGGGAAUUGUGGUUUGGAGUGGGAAUGAUGAUGAGUGCCAUGAUUCUAGGUGGAACCAUGGAGCUACUGGAGUUAUAUCUGUUACUAGUAAUCUGGUUCCAGGUUUAAUGCGAGAAUUGAUGUUUGGGGGGAAGAACCCUUCUCUUAAUGCAAAGAUAAUGCCUCUGGUUGAGUGGCUUUUCCAAGAGCCAAACCCCAUUGGCUUAAACACAGCACUUGCCCAACUUGGUGUUGUGAGGCCCGUCUUCAGGCUGCCAUAUGUACCUCUUCCUCUGGCAAAGAGGGUAGAAUUUGUGAAUUUGGUUAAGCAAAUUGGGCGGGAGAAUUUUGUUGGAGAAAAGGAUGUGAAAGUUCUCGAUGACGAUGAUUUCGUCUUAGUGAGUCGGUAUUAG